AUGACGGAAAGCCAGGAGGAUGCUGCGAAAGCAGCAAUUCUCGAGAAGGCAAUGAAGGGGCGGCAACAGGCGGAUCUCAUGCUACGCUGCACCGUUCUCGAUGAGCAAGGCAAUAUCAAGACAAAUUCCGGCCGCUUCAAAAGGUCUGAUCUGUGCGGCGAACACGGUCUCAACCCCCGCGACUUACGCAAGAUCGACUCCCGAAUACCGAACUUGGUCCCCACCAUCUUAAUCCGACAUAAAGCCAUCUUGGUCAAUGUUCUCCAUAUUCGCGCUCUAGUCAAAUCCAACGCCAUUAUUCUCUUCGAUGUAUACGGCUCUACGGACUCACGCCUCCACUCUGUAAUGAUAUACCAUCUCGAACAUAAUCUCAAGGCCAAGAAUACCGGCCUACCUUACGAAUUUAGAGCUUUAGAAUCCAUAUUCUUGUCGGUCGUCGGUGCCCUGGAGGCGGAGAUGACUUUCAUCCGCAAUCUAGUCGGAGGGCUUCUAUCCGAAUUGGAAGAUGACAUCGACCAUGACAAGUUUAAGCGGUUACUGCACUAUUCCCGGCGCUUGACGAGCUUCCAGAAUCGAGCAAAAUUGGUUCAAGAGGCCAUGGAGGAAAUUUUGGAGAAUGAUGAGGAUCUCAACGCCAUGUACCUUAGCGAGGAUCCAGCACGCGAGGAAGACGAUCACUCCGAGUUGGAGGUCCUGCUGGAGAGCUUCUCAAAACAAGUCGAGGAGAUCGUGAACGAGGCCGAGAACACGCAGAGCAAUGUACAAUCGACCCAAGAGAUUGUGGAGCUACUUCUUGACUCAAAUCGCAACGCGCUCUUGGCUCUCGAUCUUCAAAUAUCCAUCGCUACCAUGGGUAUUGGCGUUGGCACGCUGAUCGUUGGUCUAUUCGGCAUGAACUUGACGAGUCACCUGGAAGAGAACCCCUAUGCGUUCAGCGUGAUGUCUGCCAUUGCGGCGAUCGCGACAGUUGGGUUUGCCUUGCUCGGUAUGCGAAGGUUAUUCCGGAUACGCAAGGUUGGCCUCACGAGCCGGAGGAGACAGGAGCCUAAGCGCUCUCGAUAUUGGCUUCCGCUUGCGCUCCGGAGACGGACGCACGAGAACUGGUAG